AUGGCGGCCUCAUCACGAACACCAGAUCUUACCUCCGACGACAGUUCCCGAAGAAUGGAUACCGGCGACGUGGAAGCAAUAGGCGCUCACUGCCAAAUGGACUAUUGCCGGACGCUCGACUUCUUACCUUUUCGAUGUGAAAGCUGUAAAGGAAAAUUCUGCUCCGACCACCGCACUGAAACCGCCCACUCCUGCUCCCACGCUGGCGAAUGGGCCAAACGACGAGCCCUCGCAAAUCAAGGUCCUCGCUCGAGCCUACCCUUCACUCCGAAACCCUCCAUCCUCACGCAUGAACAACAAUGCUCCUCGCCCAGCUGCAAAACUCUCAUCAAUACCCCUCUCGUGACCGGCGUCCACUGCGACAAAUGCAGACGAGAGUACUGUCUCAAGCACCGCUUCACCUACGACCACGACUGCGCGAAUUUGAUACCGUUGGGGAGUCGACCGGAUGGACAGCCGACGCAGAAAGAGAAGGGUCUGGCGGCGUUGAGUAAAUUGCGAGCAUGGGGAGCCGCGAAGAAGGCGGCGAUGCCUAAGCCGGAGAUACCACAGAGUCGAGCGAAACAAACCGCUGCAGCAUCACUAGCUGCGACAGCAACACUGAAGAAGACGGCGAAAGGCGAUGACAAAAUUCCGGUGGAUAAACGGGUAUACUUAUACGUGGAAGCGAGCUCGGAUACCAUCACAGCCAAGAUCCCGAAGGGAAACUUCUACUACAGCAAAGAGUGGAGUGUAGGGAGAGUCCUGGAUGCGGCAGCAAAGAGUUUGCAAGUCGCAAAUGUGAACAAUCGAAGUGAGAGCGAGGAGGAUAAAUUGAGGGUAUUUCACGUGGAGGGCGGGAGGCUACUGGAAUUUGGCGAGAAGCUGGGACAGAGUGUAGGGACGGGAAAUACCAUUGUGCUGUUGAGAGGUGUGGGACCGGGCAUGGCGCCGACGCCGGCAAAGGCGUGA